AUGAAGUUUCUCACUAUUGCUUCUCUCACCCUCCUCCUCGCCGGCGCCCAGGCGGCCCCGUCUACUCCCUUCUCCAAAAAGAGCCCAGCCGUCAUAUUUGACAAGCGCUCCUCGAUCAACGACUGCGGCACUUCGACCUUCACAAACGAGUCCUCCAGCGGCUCGCCCGAAGUUGCGGAUUGCAGAAAGAUUGCGACAAAUAUCAAGAGUGGAGGAACAUGGACCUUUGAGGGCUUUGGUGUUCACCACCAGCUCGUUCAAUACGGUACCUGUGCCUUUGGUGUCAAGGUUUCCGCGGAUAGAUACACCUACAUUGGUAACGAGGAUAUCAUCCAGUUGAUCGAUGACUCUAUCAAGAAGUUCAAGUGGGAGGGCAAGGUCGGUGCCAAGGGAACGAUGAAGUGUUCUGGACAGGAUGGCGACGAUGAGGUUGUCUGGGGUAUCUACAAGACUUGA